AUGGCAUCCGCCGGAAAGCCUCCUUUGGAGGACGCACGUCGAACGACUGGUUCGCCGAAAAUGAAGAGCCGAGAGAAUGCGAAAGAGACUCUAUGUCGCAACGUGACCAUUUACGGUCGAUGCCGUUAUGAAGACAAAGGCUGCGCUUUCAACCAUGACCCAACAAAGCUAAACGCCAACCAAUCGGACAGCAAGAAACGCUUUAACGUAGACUCACCCAGCUUCACACCAUCUUUACUCUCUGGGAAUGGUGUAACCGGCCCCAAGAAGUCGACUGCCAUAUCUCCCAAAGCUGCAAGUGCAGCUCCCUUUCAGCCGCGAGGUGCCUCACGAUCGAAUACAAGUACGCCUGGAGUGCGGGCAGAAGCAGGAGACUGGGCAGUUGCAGAUAUUCAAGAAUUUGUGCCCCAGGGCUUUGAGCACGUGACCUCUCUUCCAGGCAAUGGCAAUGGCACUAUUACGUCUCCCAGUGCCUUUGAUCCCUUCGUGGCUGCUCCAUCCCCUAUGACCCCCGGUGCAGUCGGCCCCGUCUCGGCCAAUCCUUAUGCCCAUGACCCUACUACCAUGGGAGGCGCAUUCUUUGCAAGCCAAGCCGGUUUUCAGCAGCCGUACCAUCUUUAUGCCCCCAUCGGUCCUCAUAACCAGAACACUCUCGGAUAUCAGCGCAAUGUUCAUGAUUUGUUCCUUCCAAACGAUACUCGUGAAGAUUUGCAAAAGAAAUCUGCUGCUGCUCUACAGACCCUUCCUAACACCAACCUUCCUGCUCAGGUUGACUACUUCCACUCUCUUGUCCCGCUGGACACUACUCACCAGAAGAAUGCUGCUACCUUUGGCUAUCCCACCUGGAUCUACAAGGCACAGUCUAGCAAAGACGGUGACUUCUAUGCCCUUCGUCGUCUUGAAGGCUUCCGCUUGACCAAUGAGAAGGCUAUCCGGUCGGUUCAGGCCUGGAAGCGUGUUUGCAGUGGAAGUGUGGUGACUGUCCAUGAUGCUUUCACCAGCCGAAGCUUCCAAGACAGCUCUUUGAUUCUUGUCACCGAUUAUCACCCCCUCUCCAAGACUCUUGCAGAGCAGCACCUGGGCGCUGGAAACCGCUUCCCAAACCGCGGCCAAACCGUUCCUGUCCCAGAGCAGGUGCUCUGGGGCUACAUGACUCAAAUCGCGAAUGCACUCAAGGCUAUUCACUCGCAGGGUCUUGCUGCCAGAGUUCUUGAGCCAGGCAAGGUCUUGCUCACCAGCAAGAACCGCCUUCGUCUGAAUGGUUCUGCACUCCUGGAUGUGGUGCAGUUCGACACUCAGCGCACCGUGGAAGACCUGCAGCGUCAGGAUCUCGUCAACUUCGGACAACUGAUUGUCACCCUGGGUGCCAACACUCCUGCUCUCAUGCACAACCCUACCAAGUCCCUGGAUCAUUUCACCCGCGCUUACACCCCCCAGAUGAAGAACUCUGUCUUCUGGCUGUUGAAUGGAUUGCAGAAAGAUCAGGACCGAACGAUCGAUACUUUUAUUACCGGAAUCGCAUCUCAGCUGAUGUCGACUUUUGACUCCGCUCUACACAUGGAUGAUCAACUCACCUUUGACCUCAGCCGCGAGCUGGAAAAUGGACGACUUGUGCGUUUGAUGGCCAAGCUCAACUUUGUCAACGAACGCCCUGAAUACGAACUGGACCGACAGUGGUCUGAGACUGGAGAACGUUACUUCCUGAAGAUGUUCCGCGACUAUGUUUUCCAUCAGGUGGACGCCAAUGGCGACGCUGUGGUUGACCUGGGACAUGUCUUGAUGUCUCUGAACAAGCUUGAUGCCGGAACUGAUGAGAGGAUCAAUUUGAUCAGCCGUGACGAGCAGAACAUGUUCAUUGUCACCUACAAGGAGCUCAAGAAGAGUCUUGAGUCCUCCUUCCAGGCUCUCAUGAAGUCAGGCAGACGGAUGCAUUAG